GCAAUGAAGGAAAUGGGAGAUAAAUCCGCUGACUGCUGUGUUGGAUUUUUGCUGGCAAUGUUUUCACUGUAAAAGUAAACCACACGACACUCUGUUAACUCACGUCUGAAGUGUUUCAAACUUGAAGCUGACAAGAUGACUUCUUCUGACGUUCGUGACAUUUUGGAACUAGACAGUGGCACAACCCAUGAGUUUGUCACUAAGGAAUCAUUAAUGAAUGAUGGUAAAAAGAAAAAGGUUAAAAAGCCAGAGCAUGUCACAUUCAAAAGGCCAGAGGGCAUGCACAGGGAGCUUUGGGGACUGCUUUGGACAGAUAAUGCCAGAGACCCACCACCAAUAUUUCCAUCAGACUCCAAUCAAGGUUACAAGCAGAUGAAAGCUAAAAUAGGUAGCAGUCGUGUUAGGCCUUGGAAAUGGAUGCCUUUCACAAACCCAGCACGCAAGGAUGGGGCAGUUUUCUAUCACUGGAGAAAAGUGGCUGAUGAAGGAAAAGACUAUCCAUUUGCACGUUUUAACAAGGUUGUGGACAUUCCUGCCUACUCAGAUCUUGAGUAUCAACAGCAUCUGCAUGACGAAGGAUGGACACGACAGGAGACUGACCAUCUCUUUGAUCUCUGUAAACGUUUCGAUGUACGCUUUAUUGUAGUGCACGAUCGGUGGGACCGACAGCGUUUUCGACAGCGCAGUGUUGAGGAUCUAAAAGAGAGAUAUUACAAUGUCUGCAACACUUUGACCAAGGUGCGGGCUCCUCAGGGAACGGAACCAAAAAUCAAAGCAUUUGAUGCUGAGCACGAGAGGCGUCGGAAAACACAGUUGACAAAGCUCUUUGAGAGAACCCAAGAACAGUGUGAAGAGGAAGAUUAUCUUAUUGGUGAACUGAAGAAGAUAGAGCUUCGUAAAAAAGAACGUGAGAAGAAAACUCAGGACCUUCAGAAACUUAUCACUGCAGCUGACAGCAAUAUGGAUCCCCGCAAACCUGAGCGGAAAGCUACAAAGAAGAAAUUCCCUCCUCAGAUGAAGUUUCGGGAUGGAGGAGCAACACCAGAACCUGGCGGCAUUAAGUUUCCAGAUUUUAAACAAUCUGGAGUCUCUCUUCGGAGCCAAAGGAUGAAACUUCCUGCUUCUAUUGGACAAAAGAAAAUGAAAGCAAUCGAACAAGUCUUGGAAGAACUUGGCAUAGAGUUCAACCCAAUGCCGACUGAAGAGAUGGUGCAGCAUUUCAAUGAACUCCGACAAGACAUUGUUUUGUUGUACGAGUUGAAACUAGCCCUAGCUUCUUGUGAAUAUGAGCUACAGAUGCUUCGACUUCGUUAUGAUACACUUAAUCCUGCCAAGAGCUCAUCAACAGCAGCAUCCACACCACUGCUAACACCCACUACAGAGCAAGUGGGACUGGGGUCUAUAUCUACUCCACAAGUCCCUUCCCUGACUCUGUCCCUUUCCACACCUGCAACACCUGCCUUUGAUGAUGAAAGUUUACUGUCAGCCCCUGACUCUCCUGGCAUUAUACCUAACCUUGGCACCAUUGGUGAUGAAAUCAUUGAGGACAGUUCUUUGUCAGGACGCAGACGGAAUAGUGACAUUGAUGUUGUUGGAACACCACAGAGGAAACGAAAGGGAAACAUGGAACAGAUGAAUUUGAUAAAGAAGAUGAAGCAACAGAAAUGAUAAGCAAUGGCGAGAAAAUGUUGCCUGCAUACAUGAAAAGUAGAUGAAUGUGUGUAUGUUGUUUAUGAAUGUGGAUCAUGUGAUCAAUAUUUUUUUGUAAUUUGAUGAGCAUAUUUGCAGGCAAGGUCUACAUAAAUGUCCUUAACUGGGCAAAAUUUCAAAGCAACAACUAUCCAAAGUACCCCAAGUCCCAAUGUAUUGACAGACAAGUUUGGACUCAGCAUGUUCCAACUUCCAAAUGCUCACCAAAAGCUAUUAGUUUCUAGUGCCCUUUACAUAACUUUGCCAAAGUAAAUGAAAUGUUUGCCCAUGUAAGAGGGAAGCUGAAUUCAGCUCCUCUUUUUGCUAUUUCAGGGUGUAUCACCCCCAAAUUUUAGUGUUAGCUUGCAUCACCAUACUUUUUGUUAUUGGCCAUAGAGAAAACAGUAAAAUGUAUUCCUAACAUGUUUACAUUUAUUAUGUAAUUAUUCUGUAAGAAAAUCCUGAAUAAAACUAAAUGUCAUAAUA